CUCAUACAUGCUACAAAGACAUCAAGGGAUGUGGAUAGCAAAAGCCCGUCUAGAAAAAGAUCUGUGCGCACUAGUUGCUGUGCAUCACGUUGGAAAGGCUGUCAUUAUAAUAUGAACAUAUCUCCCAGAGUCUACGCCUAAUUGGGACACCUUACUAUUGGAUUUUACUUUGCCUUUGAUAAGCCUACCGUCCAAGAGACAAACAUGUAAACAGAACAAAACAUCUUAAUAAACUUUGCAAUAAUGGGAAAUUAUAAACAAAUGAACAAGGAACAGAUGAGGAGCCAACCAGUCACUUCACCGAUGUCUGGUACUGGAUAAUAAGCAGUGUUUUUAGGCUCCAGGUGAAACACACUAUGCAAACAGAGCGACGGAGCAUCGUAUAGUUCCAACAUAUUCGUUUCACAAAAGUACAUAGAACUACGUAGAAAACGGAGCUUGUGUAAGGUGGUGAGUUUACGCAUGAAUGAUGGAGGACCUUCUGCGAGACCAAGACUUGUGGGCAAUUAUAAAUGAUUCAUGGACCAACUCGAGUCGCGGUGGAAACGAGACCAGUACUGGGAACCAGUCCAUCGUGAACCCCUUGAAGCGGAACGAGGAGGUGGCCAAAGUGGAGGUGACCGUUCUUGUCCUAGUUCUGCUGCUCGCGAUGGUCGGUAACAUUUGCGUCCUUUUGGCUAUCCAUACGAGCAAGCACAGCCACUCUCGGAUGUAUUACUUCAUGAAACACCUCAGUAUUGCGGACCUGGUGGUGGCAAUCUUUCAGGUCCUCCCGCAGCUUAUAUGGGACAUUACAUUCCGCUUCUACGGGCCGGACUUACUGUGCAGGCUGGUGAAGUACCUACAGGUUGUCGGGAUGUUCGGGUCGACCUACAUGCUUGUUCUAAUGUCCAUAGACAGAUGCUUGGCGAUAUGUCAGCCGCUUCGCUCUCUGCACAAGAGGAAGGACCGUUUUUAUGUGAUUGCCUCUUGGAUGCUUAGUCUGAUUUUCAGUACCCCUCAAGUGUAUAUAUUUUCGUUGAGGGAGGUGGGCAACGGAGUUUAUGACUGUUGGGGAGACUUCGUGCAACCCUGGGGCGCCAAGGCGUACAUUACAUGGAUUAGUCUUACAAUCUACAUAAUUCCAGUGGCUAUCCUAAGUCUUUGCUAUGGCCUGAUAAGUUUUAAAAUAUGGCAAAACUUUAAAAUGAAAACCAGACGGGAUCAGUGUAUGUCUCUGACGCCGCGGGAGUACAAAGGCGCAGCGCUCUCUCGAGUGAGCAGCGUGAAGCUCAUAUCAAAAGCGAAGAUCCGAACUGUCAAAAUGACUUUUGUCAUAGUCCUAGCUUAUAUUGUUUGCUGGACUCCUUUUUUCUUCGUACAAAUGUGGUCGGCAUGGGAUCCUGCUGCACCCAGAGAAGAUGUGGCGUUUAUCAUUGCCAUGUUACUGGCCAGCCUGAACAGCUGCUGUAACCCGUGGAUCUAUAUGUUCUUCGCUGGCCACCUGUUUCACGACCUGAUGAGGUGCUUUGUCUGCUGCUCCUCACAGUACCUGAAGGCCUCACGGUGCGGAGGAUUUGACCACCAGCAGAGCCGCAGGAGCAUUUCCACCUACGUCGUCAAGGACCAUAGCAGUCAGAGGAGCGUCACUCACACCUCCAGCACAUGAGGAGUGAGGACCAUGGAGGAGAUGAGUUGGGGUGGGACAGGUUCUCCCUACCCCCGAAAGCCAUUCUUUAUACCAGUCAGAGGAGCAUCACACAGCCCUUCAGUUCAUAAGGACCAUGGGAACACCAGAAGAGGCCUGGUGUGAGGUACUCUCUAACCUUCAAUGACCUUCUCCAUCACACAGACUCUAGAGGAGUACCAUGAGAGGAGAGGGGGGUGGUCGGGGACCCUCUACCCCCUAAUGGACUUAAGCCCUAUUCGCACUGGACUAGUAUUACUAUAGAACGUCAGUUAUGUAAUUAUUACCCUAGAAUGUCUGUUUUUCCAGUGGACGAUUCAGACAGGAUUAGUUUUACCAUCUGCCCCCUGUAUUUUUUUUCUCAUUCAUAUGAUGGAAGCCUGGAGGCUGUUCUAGGCAUGAAGAUAUUUAAUCUCGUCUAGGGAUAGGUCUCUUCAGGAUAUCUGGCCACCCUCAGUUCGAAAGUCAAAAUAAUAUCAAUAAGAACCAUGAACUGUGUACAGAUAUCUAAUUAACUAACAUAUUUGACAAUUUAUUAUUGAAUGGGCACAAUAUCAUCUGGGCAUAGGGGAAGUUGAUAUAUGACAAAACAGGUCAUUCAUUUGUAGGCUACGUGUAUAGCACUUUGUUUAAAGCAUCAAUUUGUUCCCAUGUUCUUCCCAAACUGCGUGCAGCACCUAUUAAACUCUGUAAUAUCCCUCAAAACACAGGGAUGUCGAUUCACACGGGAUAAGUAGAUUUUUGGGGUUGGAAUAAUAACCUCCCCACCAAGUAAAAAUGACUGGCAUGGCAGAUUCGGAUGGGACUAAAUUUAUGUUGUUUUGUACUCGUGCAUUUAAUUACAUUACCCUAUCUACCCCAGUGAAACGAAUCCUGUCUGAAUAGGGAUUUAGACCUUCACCACACAGACCUUCACCACACAUACCUUCACCAUCAUCCAGGGAAGUAGAGUUUGUCUGGGCCAGGUACCAGCCAGAGGAGCAUCACACAGACCUCCAGCACAUGAUGACCAUGGAGAGAGGUUGAGUUGGGUAUUCUCUAAACCUAAUAGACCUUCUUCAUGUAAGGUUGGAGGGGGGCCAGGUACUCUCUAAUCAAGACAUUCAUCCAAGGCCGCAGAGUUGGGUUGGACAGGUACCCUGUAAGCCAAAAAGAGACCUUCUGCGUGCAAAGAUCUGCAGUGGGGUUGGCCAGGUACUCUCUACUCCUGACACAAACCUUCAUCGUGUAAAGAACAGGAGUGGGUGGGCAGAUACCCUGUAAGAAACCUUGAAAGAUACCCUCAACAUUUGAGAGACAGGACUGGGGUGGCCAGAUACCCUGAAAGACACCUUAAGAGAGACCCUCAACAUUUAAGGGACAGGACUAGGGUGGCCAGAUACCCUGAAAUAAACAUAAAAAAAGACUCUAAACAUUUAAGGGACAGGACAUGGAGUGGCCAGAUAUCUUAAGAGACUUACAUCAUGCAAAGCCCCACAGAAGGUUGUCCAGGAUGUACCCUCUACCCCUCACAUAGGUCACCAUGUAACACCCAAAGGAGGAAUCCAUUACGUAACUCUCCACUCCACACAGAAUACUCAAGCACUGGAAGUGGGUUAUCUUAACAUGGUCAUUUUGGGGGUGAACUUGUGUCUCUAUCUCCAUGGCACACCCUUUCACGACCAUCCACUAGUGAUUUCACUAUAUCCAUCGUGUCCCUCUAGAAUAGAUUAUCACCCCCCACACACACACAGUUAAUUAAGCUCCUACUGUAGUUACACUCUCCUGCACUUUAACCAAAAUCCCUCUAAAAUGUAAAUUGUAUGUGGAAUAUAUUUAUUUUGCCCUUAGGUUCUGUCAAGUUAUGAUAUACCUUUGUAGCACAGAUAUACAUUUCUGGUUUUAUUUCAGUUCUACAGAGUAUACAGCUGUGGAUCAGGUUGUCAGUCAGUGUGUUACCAUAACUCAAAUGAUUUAUUCUUUACCUGUAUGUCCUUUUUUCAGGAAAAGACAUACAGGCAGGCGCAACCUUUUCCCCUCCUUCCUCUUCCCCAGCAAAAAGGUUGUAUUGGAUUCUUAUUAUGUUUUCUAACACCUGAUAUACAAUUUGUUUCUACACACAGCUCUGUGACUCUAAAUAUUUCUCAGGUCUAGGUAGAGAGCAGAGCUUUUUAGCAGAGCUUGUUCACAACAAGCUGACCUUUCAGUCACCACAAUAACAAAAUGGGAAAUAGAAAUAGAAUGAAGUUUCACAAACCUAUUGUCUUGGUGACCUUACUGCUCAGUCAAGGAUAUUGCAUUGUUAUUGAUCUCUACACAGAGAGAUGUUAGAUUAUAUUGCCUAUAUCUUCAGACCAUGGAGGGGAUAUUAAAGACUUUAUUGUUUAUUGACUUUAUUGUUAUUUUUCUAAGGCCGUGUGUCCCAAAUGGCACCCUAUUCCCUACAGUGCACUACAUUUGACCAGGGCCUAUAGGGUUCCGGUCAAAAGUAGUGCACUAUAUAAGGAAUAAGGUGCCAUAAAAUGUAUUCGAUAGACAAAUAACAAUGAAGUAUCUUUGAUAUCCCCAAAGCUACAGGCAUACUGUAGCUUUGUAAAAUUAGAAAAUGUGGACUAAAUUUUAAAUGUGCUCCAACACUAUUGGCUGUGUCUUUCUUCUUUGUCAUUGUGUGAGUGAUUAGAUAAACGCAGAUGUUAAUUUGUGUAUAUAUGUAUCCUCUCAUUCACAUUCACCUUUCCGAUUUAUACCUAACUGUGGUCACAAUAUAUUCAGAAAGUAAAGAUUCUCCCUUUGUAUCAACAAUUUAUUUGAAUGUAAGUAUAUUAAAUGUAUCACUAAUGUAUGAUAAAAAAAUAAAAAAAACAUUUGUGUCCAAAA